AUGAUGUCCACUCCUAAUAGUUUGUCUUUUCUUGUAUCGAAUAAAGGUAAACUUUUGUUGGUAUUGAAUGAUUUUGUGUACCGAUUGAAGAAACAAACAAACGAUAAAAAGUAUUGGAUUUGCCAAGAGAAUGGAUGUACGGCUUAUGUACAUACAGAUAUUGAUAACAUUUUCAUAAAGUCAAGUGGUGAUCAUAAUCAUUUAUGUGAACCGGAACUUGUAAAAGUGAAACAAUUUCGAAGUAACCUGAAAAAUAGAGCUAUACAAGAAACAACAGCCAUUUCAAAAAUAUAUGAAGAAGAAAUUAUAAAAUCUCGACUUUCAACAGGAACAUUAGCAAAACUGCCAUUAGUUCGAGAAAUACAGCCAGGUUUAUUAUAUGCUCGGCGUCAAUUAACACCAGUUUUACCUUCUUCAUCAUCAUUUGAAAUUCCUGAUUCUUACCAAGUUACGUUAAAACAAGAAAUCUUUUUAUUUUCUGAUACAUUAGUUGGUUUUCCAUGUGUAUUUGGUGUUCUUCCAAAUCGGAAGAGAACCACUUAUCAAGAAUUGUUCAAGAUCUUAAAAAAUUUCGCUAUAUCACGUAAUCUUACAUUUGAACCAGCUCGUAUAUUAAGUGAUUUUGAACCAGGUCUUAUCGCAGCUGUUGCUAAUAAAUUUCCGGCAGCGGUACACAGCGGCUGUUUUUUCCAUUACACACAAGCCAUUUUUCGUCGUAUACAAACUUUAGGAUUAACUAAUUUGUAUUUUCAAAAUAGUGAAAUACGUUCAUGCUGUCGUAAAUUAAUGGCAUUAGCUUUACUUCCCAUCGAUCAAACUGAAUCUUCAUUUCAUAAUCUACGUGCGAAAUCAUCUACUAUGGUACAACAAGAAUUGCAUCAAUUAUUUGUUUAUUUCAAUUAUCAAUGGUUUUCUAAUGUUCCAAAAAAAAUAUGGAACGUCCAUGGGUAUCAUUACAAAACAAACAAUAACUGUGAAGGUGUAAUUCAAAAGUCACACCCCAACAUUUGGAUGUUCAUCAAACUCUUGCAAAAUGAAGAAUAUCGAUUUCGUCAUCUACUUCUUCAAAUGAAUGCUGGUGCUAAAGCACGAAAAAAAGCACCUGCAGCCCAUAUGAUACAAAGACGUAUCGAUACAUUAUAUGAUCGAUACAAUGGUGGUGAGAUUAAUAUUGACCAGUUACUUGAUGGUUUGUCGCUUACAAUAGCGAAACAAAAAAAACAAUGA